AUGAACUUCGUUCGGUUGGCGUUGUUUUUUCCGCUUUUCCACUGGAUUAAUGGCAACGAGACCAGCACAAAGUCACUGUGGGACGAGGAGGAGGACGAGGAGAUCCAGAGACCCGUACUCCGUAUCCAUCAUAUAAACAUCUUUGGCGAUGCUCGCUUUAUGAAGGCAUUGGCCCACAUCAACGAGAACCGCACCCACUUUAGCCUGAGUGUCCUGCUGCGCCAGGAGCUGGGCAGCAAUUUUCUGAUCUUCAACAUCAAGCUGCGAGUGAGACCCACCGGGAAGGUGGUAUUCGUGACCCUGCUCCAGAUGCGAGGAUUGGAUCUGUGCGGUUUCUUCACCGAGUUCCGGAAUAAUCCCAUGAUGAAGUAUUUCCUGCAAACGGAGAUGCAGCUUAGUGACUACAUUGCCUGUCCCGUUCGCGUUGGUAACUACACGCUGAAGAAUGUGAGCGCCAAGGAUAUAUAUCCACAGAAUCUGCAGAAUGGCACCUACAAGUUCUUUGUGGAGGUGGUCGAGGGCACGGCGGAGAUAACCAAGGUCUUUGCCCUGCAGGUGACCUCAGAGAUUUGGCUGGAAUAA